GCACCACCCCUUCCCUUUGAAUUCCAUUUUUCACUUCUCUUUAUUUUUCUCUAUCUAUAUAAACUCCCUCUUAUUUACACCUCUUCAGAAAGUGAAACGCUCCAAUUUAUUUAUUUACAUUAAUUAACACAAAUGGCAAAGGCUUCUGCUUCUGUUGCUCCAACCCCUCUUCUGAAAGAUGAACUUGACAUAGUUAUUCCCACAAUCAGAAACCUUGAUUUCUUGGAGCAGUGGAGGCCUUUUUUCCAGGCUUACCAUCUUAUCAUUGUUCAAGAUGGUGACCCUUCUAAGGUCAUUAAGGUCCCUGAAGGUUUCGAUUACGAGCUUUAUAAUCGUAAUGACAUUAACAAAAUUCUGGGUCCUAAGGCUUCUUGUAUCUCUUUCAAGGAUUCCGCUUGCCGUUGCUUUGGUUAUAUGGUUUCCAAGAAGAAGUACAUCUACACCAUUGACGACGAUUGCUUUGUAGCCAAGGACCCAACUGGCAAGGAAAUUAAUGCACUUGAGCAACACAUUAAAAAUCUGUUGUCCCCAUCAAGUCCAUUUUUCUUCAACACAUUGUAUGAUCCGUACAGAGAGGGUGCAGAUUUUGUGCGUGGGUACCCAUUCAGUCUCCGUGAAGGUGUACCUACUGCAGUAUCACAUGGUCUCUGGCUCAACAUCCCUGAUUAUGAUGCACCUACCCAGCUUGUCAAGCCUCUUGAAAGGAACACUAGGUAUGUUGAUGCUGUUAUGACUAUCCCAAAAGGAACCCUCUUCCCUAUGUGUGGCAUGAAUUUGGCAUUCGACCGUGAGUUGAUUGGCCCUGCUAUGUACUUUGGACUCAUGGGCGAUGGACAGCCUAUUGGACGCUACGACGAUAUGUGGGCUGGUUGGUGCACCAAGGUGAUCUGUGAUCAUUUAGGAUUGGGAGUCAAGACAGGUCUGCCAUACAUCUGGCACAGCAAGGCCAGCAAUCCAUUUGUGAACCUCAAGAAGGAAUACAAGGGUAUUUACUGGCAAGAGGAGUUGAUCCCAUUCUUCCAAUCUGUUGCCCUUCCAAAGGACUGCACCUCUGUCCAAAAAUGCUACCUUGAACUCUCCAAACAAGUGAAGGCAAAACUUGGCAAAGUGGAUGAUUACUUUAACAAGCUGGCAGAUGCUAUGAUCACAUGGAUUGAAGCAUGGAACGAGCUCAACCCAUCUGCGGCGGCUGCUGCUGUGAAAUUACCCAAUGGCAGCUCAAAAUAGAUAAAAUCAAUAGAGUACUUUAACUCAUAGUUCACCUUGGUUAUAGGUGCUUGUAGUUGUAUUACUAUCAUCGUCUUCUCAGUUCAAGCGUUUUGUCCUUUUAAUUAUGUUUUGUAGUACGGAGGUUGUUAAUCUUGUUAUGUCCGGAGAGUUGAGGACAAUAUCUAUGCGACUAUGCCAUUAAUUUAAUCAAAACUAUUUUUUUUUCUUA